AUGAACAACUUUGGAGUCUACGAGCUCGCCAGCGCAAAGGUCACAUCCGCCCCGGGAUGGGCCUACGUCCCCGACACGGGCGUCAACCCGGCCGCCGCGGCGCUCCAGCCCACGAACCGCAAGCGCGCCGCCCGCGGCAAAGCCAACCCGUCUGCCUCGGACCUCACCGUCCGCCAGGAGGCCAAGAUCCGCAAGGAGCUCGAGCAGCUCGACCGCGACGGCGGCCGCGAUGCCUCUAUCCCCAUCCCGGCCAAGGGAUCUAGAGGCCAGAACAAGAGCACCCCCAACAUUCGCAAGAUCCUCCAGUCCCAAAAGACGUUCCACAACCACCUCGACGACUACCUCGCCCAGCUCUCCCACACCGACAACGCCCCCGCGCCACACCCGAACCAGCACACCCCCAGACCAGCCAACAAGCCCCCCCACCCGAACCAGCACACCAAGCGCAACGCCGCGAAGCGCUCCAAGACGUCGACGCCCAAGCCGACGCCCGCGGAGCCCGAGGACGUCGAGAUGACGCCCGCGCCUCCGGCCGCCGGCGGAGAGAGUAACUCAACGACAGCAGGGGCCAAGGAGCCGGCGGACGACCCGGUGCUGGCUCCGUACGAAGGUCCCACGCCGGCCCCGCACCCGGGCGACGACGAUCCCCUCCUCGCGUCGCGGGUGCCCGAGGCGCCGACUGACGAGGAGCUGCGCUGGCUUCUCGCGCAGCCGAUGCUGAGCUUCUGGGACGCGCGCGCCGAGCCGGGCGACGAGGACGCCGCGCGGUACCCCGUGCGGACCUUCUGCGAGCUGUGCGGGUACUGGGGCCGCGUGCGGUGCAUCAAGUGCGGGACGAGGGUGUGCGCGCUCGACUGCCUCGAGGCGCACCGAGAGGAGUGUUUCACGCGGUACGGGAUUUGA